AUGGGCCCUGGGAGGCCUGCCGAAGUCCCCAAGAGAUGCCCCCCCGAGGCUUUCGCUGCCACCUUGCCAGGCGAGGGGCGGCGCUGCAUCAGCAGCUCGAUUGGAAGGCACGACGUGCGCAGACUCACUACCACUGUGCAGGACGUCUCAGAGUCUGCUGCUCGAGUGGUAGUGCAGAGCGGCCACGUGGUAGACUCUGGCGACUCGGUUUCCAUAGUGGGCUUGGUGGGGAAUCGCCAGCCCUCGCUUCCCGAGUGUCCCGCUGCUGGCACGAACCCCCCAGCUGCCAUUCUUUUGUGGAGGUUUCGACCGUUUCUGCUCUCCCUCACAACGGAGGGGGAGCAGGCCGAAUUGCUAGGCAACGAGCCUGCGCUAUCCCUGGAUCAUCGCAUGGUCCAACAACCAGGGAUCAUUUCUGUGCACGCUUCGAUCGCCUCGCAAGCAGCGCGUUGCACAGCGUUUUUGAAUCAGCGCUGCCUGGGGUCAGACGUAAUGUCAGCAUCCGGCAGGCUGAGUUUCGCCCUCCGUCCUGCUUCUCCUCGCCACCACGGCACUGCUGUGGAAUGUCGGGCCUGCGUCUUUCUCGCUGGGCAGGCUGGGACCAGGAUGUUGUAUCUGCUGCGCUUGAUCGCCGUGCGCUCGUCAGCAUGUGCGCCGCCCCUAGCCCGAUAUGGGACGAACGUCAGUGUGUCUCUGACCCGCAGUUUCCCCGCAGUGCCGAUCGAUCGGGCUGACGGUGGCCUCCUCGUGUUACAUAUUCUGCCAAACUAA